ACGAACCCUAGAGAACUCCGCCGUCCGACGACGUCGCCGCCGCCGCCGCCCGGCCACCGUCCGCGGCCUCAGGCCCCAGGACAAAUGGUGUCCUCGAUGGCUGAACAACGGCGAAGCCUUUGCAAUGCUAUCCUUGAGUACUACAAAUCGGCGUGUGAUCGGCUCCCGACCUCGCUGAUCCCGCGCGUCCAUGAGGCCGGCUUCGGCUUCGGCUUCCUCGACCCCGUCUCGAACAUCAUCGCCAACACCGUCUUGCACAAGGCCUCGCCGGAUGCGAUGGUAGAGGCCAACCAGGAGGAGCAAGGAAGGCGUCGGGAGAUCAAGAGGAAGAUAUCAUAGCCCGGCACUUGCAGCACAGGCAGCAGCAGCAGCAGCAAGGCGGUCUGCAUCUCGGAUUUCAGCAGCAUUGCAGCUCGAUCGCUUCAAGGCCUCGUCACUUUUCUUACCAGCUACUUCCGCUACCUUCGCACCCGAGAAGCCCUCUACUACCUGACUGUUUCCAAUGCUGAUCUCCUCGUCGCUGUGCACCUCAUCGAGACGGAUCGUUGUGCCGGUUGCGCCUUCACGGCCAACCACCGCACCAGCAAGAAUGCUCUCUCUUGUGCUGCCCUGUCUGCCAAGCAUCCCCAGCCCGGUGAAUUCGUGUCCACCUCACUCGUGCUGGCGUCUCGUCUGAAAGAGGUUCACGCCCUCCUGCAGACACACGACACUAUGAACCUCUCCAAGAUAUCUGCAGAAGGCGAGCAUUUUGGAGCAGACCCGCACGAACCCAUGCGUGAUGCCGUAAAAAGGUUCCAAAGAUCUGGAGUGAGGAUGCCUUUCCCUGAUGAGAUUAGCCAUGAGCUCGGGAUCGACCAUGAGCUCUCCAUGAAGAGGUUGCUUCUGGAUAGGAUCCAUGGGUUCUACCUCGAGGCAAUCUCCCGCCUCCCGACGACUCUUCUGCGCUCCCGCCUCCACCGGCCCCUCCUGAAGGCUGGCCACUGCUACGGCCCAUUCGAUGCUGUCUCCAACAUCCUUCUCAACACAAUCUGGUAUGACACCAUGUUCCCCACACAGCACGAGUUCAAGGUGGACGUCGUCCUCAUGGAGAACCUUGCCCUUGUCGAGUCCCGUUGUCUCAAUGGCCUUGUCGCCUCCGUGGUCAGCACCUUUCCUACAUUAACAAUGAGAGGUAUUUUGUGGUACCUCCUGAAAUUUGGCUCCCUUUAUGGAAUGAUCAAGAAUGUAGGAGAAACCUUCCCUGCCCCCAUCCUUGUGUCUCCUUCUGCCUACCUUGCUGCCGCUACCGGAGCAUGCCACCCUCACCCUGAUGCACUAGUAAGCUUUGUAGCAGAGUUACCACAGGAGGUAGAGGUGAUCGUGAUGCCAUUGCUCAAGGCUAAGAAUACCCUCUCCGUUGACGAUGUCGAGGCCAUCUCUAAGUCUGUGUCGGGUAAUCAUCCACGUAUUGGGUCUGUGAGUGAGCUUGAGUGGUCUAAGCUUGAUUCCAAGAGCAUCUCAGACAGCUGUAAGAAAUUUAAGGCUCAUCAGAGAUAUAUUUGCCGAAGGGUUGAAGCUGCUUUGCAGGAACAUGCACGGAGACAGGGUGAUGAUUAUGAGCUUCAUUCUAUCUGUGGGGUGAAUGGGAAAAUACCCCAAGAUGGCAAAUAUGAUUACUUUCUUAACCGCAAUGGAUACCCGUACUCUCAUAUCAACGCCUGGGUGACACGGAGAGACUCACAUCGCACUGACGCAGUUCCCAUACUCUUGUUCAUCGAGUGUAGCAAUAACAAGGACAUGAAGGGUGCGCCAUUUCUGUGCUGUGUUGUAUCAGAGUCAUCAGAAGAUGCCGGUCGCUGCUUUCAUUGUGAGCGUGCUGGGACCAAAAUCGUGCAUCCAUCUUUGAGGUCAUAUCAUGGGCAAGAAAAGGAUUUUGAGGAUAUGGCUUGUGGAAAACACUCAUUAACCAACGAAGAACUGAUUGGAUUUGGGGAGUCGAGGACAGUUUUUGCAGAUGUCGUCGAGACAGAGCCUUUAAUGUAUCUAGAUAUUGCAGAGUUGAGACAUCUGGCUGAUGUAUCUUGAUAGGGUUGAGGCAUCAGGCUGAUAUGAGACACUGGAGUCAUCUUCGAAGCGGGUCGACCGGUCGACAAGCUAAUUGGCAACAUCCGUGAGUCAUUAUGCAGGUUGUGAUGUGGACCCUAAAGGUGCGGGCAAGAAGGAAAAAAAAACUUUUUUUCUCGAAUAGGAGAGUUGCGUAUCAAUAUAUUAAGAGGAAGAGAGGGAAAAAAAACUCUAGUACAAAAUGUUACAGGUUAGCCCUUAAAACAACCAGUUGACUCUCAACAAGCAAAAAAACCUUUCGUGAUUAUUUACCCUAUCAAGUGAUACAA